AUGUCCCUAAACCGCAUCUCCUUCCUAGAUGGAUGGGAGCGCACUGCCGCCUUGCUCCACCCAGAAUCAGGCGCAGACUCAGACACAGAUGAAUACCAGGAUCUUCCCGAAGGAUCGGUGGCUUCAUCCUUCCCAUCCACCUACAGCAGACUGAACUUCAACCCCUACGCGGGGCCAGGUUGGAACGAGAAUCCAGAUGAUCUACAUGACGAUCGGUCUUCGUUCCUUGGCCCCUUAUUUCUCGGACUAUCGCCGACGGCUACCCGCGAGGGACGUGCUGAUUCGCCUGUAUUCGAGAGACCCGUGCUGGAGGUAGAUGCGCCGUGGGCCCAGACGACGGGCGCUUACGAAGUUAGUGCCGUGAGAAGGAUCGUCCAGAUAUGCACGGCGGUUGUAUACUGCUUUCUCGCUGCUGGGGUGGUCUUUGGCUUUGCGGCACUAAAACCUGUUCUCAUCCGCGAAAACGUAUAUCGUAACCUCUGCUCCCGGGCGGAGCUUGAGGAAAAUGUCGAUGUCUGCGACGGACAAGAAAUUAGGCUCAACCUGAUGUUCACCAUUGCCGCCGUAGUGACAAAUGUCUCAGCCCUACCCGUAGGAACUAUCCUUGACGCGUAUGGCCCCCGAGUCAGCGGCAUAAUUGGCAGCAUUUGUUUGGCCCUAGGAGCUGUGCUCUUUGGGACCGCCAGCAAGCUCCCCUUUGAUGGAUACAUCCCCGGAUACCUGUUCCUCGCACUGGGCGGACCCUUUGUAUUCAUUCCCUCGUUUCAUCUAUCCAAUACAUUCCCCAAACGCUCCGGCCUAAUCCUAUCAAUGCUGACCGGGGCAUUUGACGCCUCGAGCGCUCUAUUCCUGCUCUUCAGACUGCUGAACGAGCACACGAGUUUCGUAUCAAUCAACAACUUCUUCGCUGUCUACCUCAUCGUCCCGGUAUUUAUCAUCGCCGCGCAAAUCUUCAUCAUGCCCGCCAAAUCCUACAAAACAGCCGGCGAGCUCGUGCAACAAGCCGAAGCCCAAGUCGCAGACGAGAUCCAAGACCGACCAGACGACAGCCUGGACCCAAACGAAAGCGAGCGCCAACGCAAAGACAGACGGCUCCGCCGAGAAAGCAUCAUCAACCACACCCAAGACCUCCUAGGCGACACCACCUCCAUAGUCUCCAUCGACAACGCCAUGCAACAAAACCCAACCAAUCCAACCCAAACCAUGCCCACCCCCAAACCCACCGGCGUCUGGGGCGUCCUACACGGGCGCAGUGCGCUAUCCCAAAUCCGCACACCAUGGUUCACUCUCAUAGCCGCCUUCACAGUGCUAAUGAUGCUGCGAAUCAACUACUUCGUCGCAACCCUACGCUCGCAAUACACAUACCUCCUCAGCGCGCACACAGCGGCAACAAUAAACACCGCCUUCGAUAUCCUCCUCCCAAUCGGCGGCCUCGUCUCCGUCCCCUUCAUCGGCACCUUCCUAGACAUUUUCCAAACCCGCACCGUCCUCGCCCUCCUCGUCCUCACCGCGACCGCCAUCGGCGUCCUAGGCUGUAUCCCGCACGUCGGCGCGGCAUACGCGAAUAUCAUUCUUUUCGUGCUGUACCGGCCAUUCUACUAUACUGCUGUGUCUGAUUACGCGGCGAAGGUCUUUGGGUUUGCGACGUUCGGGAAGGUCUACGGGCUUGUCAUUUGUUUGGCUGGGGUUGGGAACUUCGCGCAGGCGGGUCUUGAUGCGCUGACGUUAAAGAUUUGGAGGGGGAAUCCGGUGCCGGUUAACGUCAGCCUUACGGUUUUGGUUGCUGGGGUUGGAGCGGGUCUUGUUGGGUUUGUGGCUUUGAAGAGUUGGGAGAGGGAGGGUGGGAGACGGGGGGAGAGGGAGCCGUUGUUGGAUGGGGAGGGGAGGAGGUAUGGGGUUUGA